GUUGAAAAAAGAGAGAGAAAGAUUAAGGAACAGGGGGCGCCACCCACUGACGAGAUUAAGGCCCCCAAAACCCUCCAUAAUCUCUCUCUGUUUCUUCUAUCUCGCCCCCAUUUGUCUCCCUUAGGACGCCGUAACGGAGCCCCGCGAAACGCCGUUAUCCACCUCAGCAGCGUCAGCUCGAUCAGCCUGUUUCCCUCUCCCGACGACGACGACGACGACGCCGCCGCCGCCGCCUCCAUGGCCGCGGAGCAGCUGAGCCUGGGGCCGGCCGCGGCUAGCGGCGUGGCCAACGGCGUCGAUGGGCGGGCGGCCGGGGACGGCGGGGACGACGGCGGCGGAGGAGGAGGAGGAGGGGGGAGGGCGCCGAGGCUGCCGCGGUGGACGAGGCAGGAGAUACUGGUGCUCAUACAGGGGAAGAGGGUGGCGGAGACGCGGGUCAGGAGGGGCCGGGUCGGCGGGUCGGCGUUCGGGUCGGGGCAGGUGGAGCCGAAGUGGGCGUCGGUCUCCUCGUACUGCAAGCGGCACGGGGUUAACCGGGGGCCGGUCCAGUGCCGGAAGCGGUGGAGCAACCUCGCCGGCGAUUACAAGAAGAUCAAGGAGUGGGAGGCCAGGACCCGGGACGAGACGGAGUCGUUCUGGGUCAUGAGGAACGACCUCCGGCGGGAGAGGAAGUUGCCCGGGUUCUUCGACAGGGAGGUUUACGACAUCCUCGACCACCAGGGUUCGUCUUCGUCGGCGGCUAAGGCGGUUGCCGAGGGCCCUCCGGAGGCGGAACUGGCCCUCGCUCUUGCUCCGGCUUCGGCGGCGACGGCGGAUGACGACGAGGGCGAGGAGGAGAGAGAGGUCGUGUUCGACAGCGGCCGGAGCGCCGCCGCGGAGGACGGGCUAUUUUCGGAUUUCGAGCAGGAUGAUGGCGGCGGGGGAGGCGAAACCCCUGACAAGGAGGUGGAGACGCCGGUCCGAGCGACCGAUGCGGCGCCGGCGGCCGUGGUGCCGAUCUCGGAGAAGCAGUACGAGCCAGUCCUCCGAGGAUCUCAAGGGCCAGGCGCAGGACACGAGAAACAGCCACCGCCGUCGAAUCCGGAGAUAGCUUCCACGUCUGCGGAUGCGCGGAAACGGAAACAGCCGACAUCAGAAGCGGACGAGGAGCCGCUCGGGAUGCGGUAUCGCCUGAUCGACGUUCUAGAGAGAAACGGCAAAUUGCUGACGGCUCAACUCGAGGCUCAGAACAAUAAUCUUCAGCUGGAUAGAGACCAAAGGCAAGACCACGCCAACGGCUUGCUUGCCGCCCUCAACAAGCUUGCCGACGCCGUGGGAAGAAUCGCCGAUAAGUUAUAGCAGAUGGUCGGGGCGGGAUCGGCGGCAGCGCUUGUUGGGUGUGUACAUAGGAGCAGUUGUCCUCCGAUGAGGGUCUUGGGAGAUCGUUAGACGGAGGACAAAAGAAGUGAAGGGUAGCGAUUGAAACUAGUGAUAGAGGUAGUGAUUAUUUACCAGAAUUCUCAUGCUUUCUUAUUCAUCAAAACUUGUUCUUUUCUUUUUCCCUAUGUAUCUGCGUAAAGGGCUGCGGCAUGCAGUUUUUGACAAUCUGUUGUUACGUCCUUUUCCGCAGAGAUUAUAAUAAUAAAUAUGGAGAUUAGCAAUUUCAA